CGGAAGUAAAUCUUCCGUCCACACACUUGCCAGCGCGUCAAGGACAGCAUGGAGCAGCAGGCUACUGCCCCCCCUGAUAUUGUUAAGCUCGUGCAGUGGCUCAGAAGCUCAAGCUCGGGUAUUAAAACUAAGACAGGCAUCCUAAAUGGCAGCCGUUUAGACUACUUCAAAGGCAAGGCUGCUGUCAAGGCGAUAAUGUCCCCGGCGUAUGCUAAAUUGAAGGGUGCACCACCUCAACCAAAGACCGAAGAGGAAGCGAAUGCACUGCUUCUUUCCGCUAUUCCAUUUGCGUUCUUCCUGCGUGUCGAGCGAGGGCCGCCUUCAGGGUCAUCGUCCUCAUCACCGAAACAACUUCAAAUCGUCCAACAACAGACAUUCCAGCCUGAUUUAUAUUUUGCUUGGUUCUACCAAGGGUCUCAAUGGACAACUUACCUUGGUGGUGCCUUAAUGGUCGCAUUGAUUCUCGGCGGAGUCAUGUUUCCUUUAUGGCCUCCGAUCAUGCGUCUCGGCGCUUACUAUCUCUCGCUCGCAUUCUUCGGUCUCAUUGGGCUCUUCAUGGCACUCUCCGUCUUCCGACUUUUCUUCUACAUCAUUACAAUCUUCGUUGCCUCCCCCGGCAUUUGGAUCUUCCCUAAGCUAUUCGCCGACGUCGGCUUCGUUGAAUCAUUCAUUCCUGCAUGGGAUUGGGACCUCCCGCCGAAGAAGAAGGGAAAAAAGAAGAAAUUAGGAAGUGAUAAGAAAUCCAAACGCGAGCCGAAAAGUCAGAACGGAUCAGCUGAGUCUUCUAGUGACGCAUUGGCAGCUGGUAUCUCGACCGCCAUCCCUGUUUCCAGUACACGGUCAAGAAUUGCAGAAGUUGCGGACGAAGGGAAUGACUGAGUUUAUCGAUGAGUGGGGAAGGGAACAAUUGGUGUCAGAACUACAUAGUCACAUUUCCACCAUUAUUGGCCCUCAUGUCACUAUGUAUUUUGGGUGAUAAUUUAUGCACCUCUAAUUGUAUCGGACACAUUCAAACACGAGGCUAGAAUUCAUCCCGCGG